AUCAGCCGCGCGUUACGCCGCAUUUACGCACAACGAUGACUUCGGACAAGCCCAACUUUCUCUCGCAGCCGGUGGUCAAGAAUGUUUUCAUGUUUCGAAAUGGCGACCCGUAUUACGAGGCUCGCCGAAUAGUGAUAAACGAAAAGAGGGUGUGCAACUUCGAGACUUUACUACGAGAGGUGACCGGCGGGGUGCAGGCUCCGUUUGGAGCGGUGCGGAACAUCUACACCCCGAGAGGAGGCCACAAGGUGGACUGUCUGGACAGCCUGCGGAGUGGAGAGCAGUAUGUCGCUGCUGGGAAGGAGAGGUUCAAAAAGCUAGAUUAUCUGCAGAUUGGUACCAGAAGGAAGAGGAUGAUGCAGACUCUGCCAGUGCCGGCCAAACCGCUGCCACAGAAUAGAAUCGUCGCCUCAGCCAGAUUCCUGAAACCCAUCAAGGAACCAUGCACAAUAUUCGUGGUGGCAAACGGUGAUCUCUUGAACACUGCAGCGAGGCUGCUGAUCCACCAGAGGGUGCUGGGACAGUUUGAUAAAAUACUGGAAGUGAUCACAGAGAAGAUGGGUUUGCGGGUAUUCGGAGGUGUGAGAAGUCUCUACACAUAUGAAGGCCAGCAGGUAACUGACGGAAAUCAGCUUGAGGGUGGCCAGCUAUAUGUGGCAGUGGGAAGAGAAAAAUUCAAGAAGCUUCCAUACAGUGACCUUCUCUUCGCCAAGCCCAGAGGCACAAGAAGGGUCAGAGGGAUGAAAGCACAUUCUCUACCGCCCAUCUACAGAUUCUCCAAACAAAGUGGAGAUAACAAAUCCAUGGCUCAGCGCAGUGAGAGUGGAGAUGGAGAGUCUAAAGCCUCUUCUCUAAACCACAAUGGAAGCAGCAAAGAAAACUUGUCAUCGAUCGUCAGAGAAAUCUCCAAGGCCAGACUCCUGUCCUACAGGAAGAGGAAGAGUGGACAGAGCUUCACUAUGGGCACAUCUGACAGUGAUGAUCCAGAAUCGAAGGCUGAUGAAGGAAACACAGGAACGACACAAGAAAAAGACCUUAAAGUUGAAGAGGGACCUGAUGCUGAUCUAAACGCCAAUGAGGACAAAAGUGAAAAAGCUGCAGAGAAGGAAGAAUCUGCUUCUGAAAACGCCACAGACGAUGCAUCCACAAGCAAAGAAGACAACGAGGAAAGCACAGGAACUAAAAGUGAAAAAGUGGUAGAAGAAAAUAAGAAAGUCGAUGAGCUAGAUGGUGAAAAAGGAGCAAUAUCAGUAGAUGAGGAGAAGGUGGAGGAAGUUAAAGGAGAAGAGACGUUGGGAGUCACAGAUGGGAGCAAGGAGGGUGAGAGUGAGGAGCAGCCUGGCAGUGCUCACAGCGAUAGGACACAGGAGAAUGAAGAGAAAGAGGAUGGAAGCCAUGCAUCCAGAAAGAUUGAAAAUGAGCAAAACAACAGCGAAGCCAAGCAAGGGGAAGACAGUAGUAGUAGAGAGGAUAAUACUAAUGACCACAAUAAUGACAUGGAUGCAGGGAAGGAGCAGAAAUUGACAGAAAAAAGUAACGAUCCAGACAAGACUGAGUCAAAUAAUGACAAGAAAGUAAGCGAAGAUGGUAUCAGCAGCAAUGGCAACAGUAACCAAGAGGAAGACAGUGGUAGCAGAGAGGAGCAGGGUAAUAAUGUGGACACAGGGAAAGAACAGGAGGAGACAAAAAAGUGCAGUGACUCAGACAAGACUCAGUCAAAUAAUGAGACAAAUGAAACAGAAAAUGGUGAACACAGAAUUAGCAACAGUAACCAAGAGGAAGACAGGAAAGAAUCAAAAGAGGAAGCCACCAAAGAGCCAGGAGAAAAAGAUGGGAAAGAAUCAAAAGAGGAAGAUGCCAUA